GGUGCGCGAAAAAUGACGGGUUUUCCACGAUCUUGACGGCGCGAUCUUGUACGUGCGCGCGCGAGGACAGUGCCAAGCGAGCGUUGUGUCGCCUUGUGACGUUGGGACGUCGCGACGAUCCAUGACCAUGGCGUUAGUCACGGUGCAGCGUUCCCCGAGCGUGUCCAGUUCCCCGCAGAGCUCGUAGUGAGAAGACUUGUCGAUAUUCAGAGAGAAGGGCAGAUAUGAUUGUGCUGAAGCAGAAAGUUUCUCUGCACUACGGACUGCCACCGCCACCGCCACCUCAACCACCCUCGCCCUGGUCCAGCAUUCUCUGGAGCAACGAUCGUCACCGACUCGGCAGCGGGCGAAGACUCGCGUGUGGCGCGCGCGUCACGCAAUUGCGAGACAAAGUCAUCGCAAAAGAUUCAGGAGCGGCAGCACCAGCCGAUGACGAUACCGACACUGCGAGAAGCUGUAAAAGUCUGAGCGAAUGUUACUUUGCGGGCAAAGGCGCAGCCCUUAUUUUACCGCCGAACGAAAGAGCUCGUCCUUCCAGACGAGUUUCAACGGCGGGAUGCGAUAUUCAGCAACACUUGCAGUCCAUGUUCUAUCUUUUGAGGCCCGAAGAGACCUUGAAGAUGGCCGUGAAACUGGAGUCGGUGCAUCCAGGAAGGACGCGAUAUCUUGUCGUCGUCUCGUGCACGGGCAGACAGGACGCCGAAGAGAGUUGCCUCCUCGGUAUCGAUUGCCACGCCAGAGCGACCGUCGGUCUCGUGCUGCGAGUUUUGGCCGACACCGCCAUCACUCUCGACGGCGAUGGAGGUUUCAAAGUCAGCGUCUGCGGCCGUCAACAUAUCUUCAAGCCGGUCUCCGUUCAGGCUAUGUGGUCGGCCUUGCAGACGUUGCACAAAGUAUCCGCUAAGGCACGCGAGCAGAACUAUUUUCUCGGCGGAUUGUCACACGAUUGGGUCAGUUACUAUGAGCAACGAAUCGAAAGCGAUCGUUCGUGCCUCAACGAGUGGCACGCCAUGGACAAUCUGGAGUCCAAAAGACCGCCGUCACCGGACAGCGUGCGCACUAAACCUAGGGAAAGGGAGGAGACGGAGCGCGUAAUUCGAUCGACGCUGAAGGAAAUCAUGAUGUCCGUGGAUCUCGACGAAGUCACCUCCAAGUACAUCAGAGGACGUCUCGAGGAGGAUCUGGACAUGGAUCUCGGGGAAUUCAAGCCGUUCAUCGAUCAGGAGAUGCUCACGAUACUGGGUCAAAUGGACGCGCCAACCGAGAUAUUUGAUCACGUAUAUCUUGGUAGCGAAUGGAACGCUAGCAAUUUGGAGGAACUUCAGAAAAAUGGUGUGAGGCACAUCUUGAACGUUACUCGAGAAAUCGAUAACUUCUUUCCGGGUAUGUUCACUUAUCUGAACGUGCGUGUGUACGACGACGAGAAAACGGAUCUGCUGAAGCACUGGGACAACACGUUCAAAUACAUCACGAAAGCGAAGAUGGAGGGCUCCAAGGUCCUGGUGCACUGCAAGAUGGGGGUCUCUCGUUCCGCCUCCGUGGUUAUCGCUUACGCGAUGAAGGCUUACAACUGGGAUUUUUCGCAAGCAUGGAAGCACGUCAAGGAGAAGCGCAAUUGCAUCAAACCGAACAACAGUUUCCUGCUGCAACUCGAGACGUAUCAGGGUAUUUUGGACGCGAUGAAAAACAAGGAAAAGCUGCAGAGGUCCAAGUCCGAUACGAAUCUGAAAUCUCCCACGUCCGCGAAGGAUCAAUCGAAGAAAGAGGAGAAAUCGGACAACGUGGAGAACAACAUGCGGGAAGUUUCGGGUUCGGAAUUGAAGAAGAGCAGCCAGAGACCGAAGAGUUGGUCGCCGAAUGUCAAAGUCGCUGAGAAUAUGUUACCCUCUGUUCCUUUGUCACAGUCGCUGGAGAGCAUUGACAAAGCGGGAAGUACGGAGGUUACGCGGGAGGAUCUUCUCCGUGGCUCGAAUCAAAAGCCGGCAAUAGAACAGGAAGCUCGCAAUGUUCUAAUGCCCUGCGACAACGGACAGUCUUACAGCGUGUCGCAAAACAAAAUAGUGCAUCUACCUUCUCCCAGUCCCGGCACUCCUAGCGUAAAAAAUAGGAUUAAUAAAUUGGAAACUCAGGGGCAGAAGAGAAAGGGCUUAGUUCUGAAUCUGACAAAUCAGUUUGAAGCGGCCAGCAGUAAACCGUCGUCACCUGGAUCCGAUUCGGAUGCGAAACGUCUGCCGCAGAACUCGGUUACGGAAGACAACGCAAAGCCGAUCGAGACCGAUCAUUGCGAACGAGUGAGUCGAGAGACCGACGAUUUUGUCGCGAAUAAACUUUCCGAGGAAACGGUUUGGGAUCCCGGCGAGGAGCGGCAGAAAGACGGCGGGAGAAAAGAUAUGGAUCAAGAAUUCGCCGAGAUCAACGAUAAUAAUAGUGAAUGUCUAGUCUGGACUGCAUCUGCGGACAUUGCGUGUGCUGAUUCGUGUGUUGACAAUAAAACUGACGGGAAUGUGAUUGUGCAAAGUGAAUAUGUGACGAGUGCGGAUACCUCUGCGGCGACGGUUACAACAACGACAACCGCGAUCGCGACAUGUCCCGAUGUAACAGGAAAAAAGAGAAAAGACGGUGAUCCGUUCAGCGCGCAGUUAGAUCGUGUGUUUGAUCGCGAGGAAAGACGGGGUGAACCCGUAACGAGGGAAUCUCCGAGUCGGCAAAGUUCCUGGAGCAGUUACGACAGUGCGGUGGUUCUGGACAACAAUUCGGUUCACAGCUCGUGGGCGACGUUACCGUCGCGGAACAGUUCCUGGGGUUCCUAUGACAUGCGGCCGUCCGAUUUACUCGGCUCCAGCGGAUUGUUCCCAUACGACAAGGAGGAGAUUCCGUGGCAUCCGGGCACGGUUAAGCGCACCAAGCAAAAGCUAGAGGAAGGUACAACGACGGCCGGCGUGAAACGCGUGUGCACGCAGACGUCGGCAGUCGCGGACGACAAAAGCGACGGAUUGGUUGGCGAAACGGAUGCGCCGUCCGCGGUUGAAACGUACAAUCCGGUAUUAUUGCAACACAUGCCAUCUCCGACACCUCGAAGGAGGGAUUCGUCGCCCACUCAAGAACAUAAUCUUAAAGUAGAAACGAAUAGAGACUCGCCGAGCCCGGUAGGUAGCAUUGAUAUCUCCCUUACGUCUAUGCGUCAGCUCGGAAGAUUGUCUACGAGCGCUCCCGCACCGUCCUCAUUGUCCUCCGAGACUGAUCUACCGUUAUCCCUGCGGUCUUGUAGAUCGGAGAGCGAGACGUCCAGUCCGUGCGUCGUCAAUACUCCUCAAUGUCCAUCCGUGAAGCACAAUAAAAUGGUCUUGGAAAAUCUCUGCAAUAAGCCCGUGUUCAGUAAGCGCUGUCUCUCCGUGGACGAUUCGCCGGAAGCUGAGUGUCCGCGAAGCACGUCCGGCAUAGUAAAGAACCUGAAGAAGGAGUUCGAGGCGAAGUCGACCAAGAUUGAGAAGAGUCCUGAGAACGCGUGCGAUAGCGAGAACGUGUCGUCGUCGAUGCCCGCACGACCCAAGAGAGACGUGAAGAUCAGGAGUCUGCCAUCAUCGCCGGUAAUCCCACACAACGAAUCCAAGAUCCAGUCGUCGUCUAGCGUCGGUGAAACAACCAAAGACAACAACAAGCGAGGCAGGAAAAGCGAAUUGCCGACGACGGCAACGUUGUCCCAAGACAACGUGGAAGAUCUCUCCGUUAGAGUGUUGGUGGGAAAGUACGAAGUUGCACGACCCGAGCCCAAGAAGACAACGGACAUUCAGCUGCGCGCGCAUAAUAAGGACAAGGAUUGGGACGCCAUAGAGGUGCAUUCACCGGCAAAAUCAAAAAUCGCUCCCGAGUUCUCGAGACGAUCAGCGCCGAUCAUGAUCAACAAUCACUCCUCGCCUCUUUACAACGAGACACCGGAAGCUCCUGGCAGGCCGCCGGCGGUACCGUCACCCAGCGUAGUUAUGGCCAGCGUGGUGGCGAAGGCAGCUAGCAAGAAGCAACAGCAGCACGGCAGAACGCAUCCCCUCGCCAGGCUGCAGGUCAGGCCUAGGCACAGCAGUCCGGUUUACAAUACUAUGUAAAAGCUGUAGCGACGCUCCUUCGCACUCGUGCGCACGUCGGAUUUUCAGGCAUUUACGCGUACACGGCGUACCUAAAUCCGAACGAGAAGAAAAAAAAAAGAAAAAAAAAAAAAUACCCACCCGUUUCACGUGGGUAUGUUAUCGUGACGAUGAAGUCGUGUGAUCUCUAACGUGUUGGCGAUGAGAGAAUGUUUCCGAGCUAAGAUGAUCGCGGCACCUGUUUUCCCGAGAGUUAAACAUUUUCUUUCUUUCAUCGUUGUUUUCUAAUCAUCAUCGCUGCAUUUGCUUGUACAAGACACAAACAUCGUUUUAUAUUCGUUUGAGGAAAUCGAUCUUGUCAUUACGUCAGUGUAAUGUAACUUAUUAUUUAUAGGACAGUAACUUUAAUAAGUGUUCGAAUAUCUUUUACUAUAUAUAAAACGAUUAAUGGGCGCUCUUUGUUCCUUCUCGUCAACGUAUAUAUAUCUUGGAUUGACGUUAGUUCAAUUACUUUAAGCUGGAAAUGCAACAAAUCACGAGGCUGCGCGUCAAGAAGGAGGUCAACGUAAAAUUUAUAUUAAAGACUAAAGGAUAAUAUUGUUAAUUCUGUAUCACUUCGUCGUAAACUUAGUUGGGCUCGGAAUCAAACGUGCGUUAGAUGUCGAAAAGGUAUCGAACGGUAUAUUGUAUAUUAUGAUGACUUAAAACGCGAAAGACGGGGGCACAGCCUUUGUGUUGUGAUCUCGCGUAAGACAAAAACAAAAGAGAAAAGAAACAAGAACCGAGUGCUCAGUCAGGCUGUGAAUGUAAGGUCUGAGCCUCGGGCACACGGUGACCUUUCUUCUGCUUCGCUUUCUUAAUCUUUUUCGUUCUUCGUCGGAUUCGUUUUUUUUUUUUUUUUUUCGUUUUGUACGUUAUACUUGCGAGAUGAUCAAUUUUCCCCAAUCUGCGUGAACGAUCUUGUCGAUUUUGUCGUAGCGUGUACGUAACAGAAGUUUAAUACGACGAGACCUCGAGAUAAAUGUAAUAUUAAGUCACACUAUUAGUAAUUUAUAGGUGAUAAUGUGAUUAGAGUGAUAUGCACAUGUAUGCGAGAAUAUGACGUAGCGAAGUGUUUUUUGUUAAGCGAUAGUUUUUUUUGUUUUGUUUUGUUUUUUCUUUUCGUCAAAAGUAGGAGCGCGAUCGAAAAAAAGAAGGUACCGAAAUUCACAAAUUUCUGAAUCCGUUUCCUAAGAAAAGUUUCCAUUUUUACCGAUCUUUUUUUCUUGUUUUUUUUUCUUUCUUUUUUUUCUCACCGACAGCAUACAAGAUAUUCCACGAAUGUCUCAUAAACAUUUUAUUGGAUAUUGCAAUAUCCAGAAAAUAUUUAGUCGAUAUCUCUAAACGCGUCUGUGCUGUACAAUCGUCGGGGUACAAUUAUCUUUACAAAUGCACAGAGUUAUACAAAAUUUGCUCGAAAGGUCGUGUGUGUGUGUUGUAAGAUACUUACAUAUUAUCUUUUACUCAAAAGUAUGCGUUGCAAUAAAAAAUGUUUCUUACUAGGAAGAAUUCGAUUCCGAUUCGACAGGUUUUUCAUCGAAUGUUGCAAUCUACUUAUUGUAGAUUAAGUUUUUUUAAUCAUGGAAUUUAUUUGUGAUUUAUAAAAAUCUCGAAUUAAAAUUUACAAAAUUUAUUUCCUCGAGAAUUGGGUACCUCUCUCUUUUUCUCUCCGGUUCAUCAAUUAUUAUUAAUCUGCUCUUUUUUGUACUCUCUACUAUUGUAUAGAUUAUUUCGAAUAUCUUAAUUCAAGGUCGGUUGAUUGCGUAACGCUUUUCAAUAACUGACGAUGCGGCAAUGAUAGUGCAUCAAGAAGUUUGCUGUCAACUCCCGUUGAGUCGAAAAAAAGUACAAUAAAAUAAUUAAAAAACAAAAAAAAACAAAAAAAAAAAAAAAACGUGGAGGAAAACAGCGGAUCGGUAUCACGGGUUGCAUGCAGGUACUGUACUUUACUACUGAUCGUCCAGAAACAUUGCAUCUGAGUGUGAAUAUUUUUUUAAACAUAUCACGGACUCUGUCAUUCUUUACUUUCGUAAAUCACAAUCGCGUUUCUAUCGCAUCGCAGAAUUUAGUUUAGACAAAGAUAUAAAAAAAAAUAGAAAAAAUAAAAAAAAAAAACAACAAAUUCCGGGAUUUAUCGCGCAUUGACGACCAAUUUUAUACUCUGAUGUAUUCUUGAUGAAUGCGACCGCGUUGCGCUAAAAAGAAUGACGCUUCGCAGAGCGCGCGCGCACGUCGCGAUUAUCGUGUAUAAAUAUAUUUUACUACAACCAAGUUUCGCAAAAACCAAAUUAGGCUUGUUGAUUGUUUAGAUUUUUAGAUACGAGCGAAAGAUGUGCUGGAACAUUCAGUAGUUUUUUUCCUCGAAUAGUUCGUUGGAUCGCACUUAGAGAUUAAACUAUUGUCUCCUUACGCAGUUAAGUCCAAUUGGAUGCGCGAUUCAGAAAGAUUUGUCUCUGCGGAUAUCUCGCGAUCGAAGAAGACGACGACAUGUCCUUUUGUGUUUUGAACUGCGCAACGCGAAGAUUUUGCGAGGAGAAUCGCAAAACGCGCAAAAUCUCGAUACGGAGAAACGAGAAGGACAUGCCGUCUCUCCUCGAUAAUUUGCGAGCAAAUUAAACCGAUGCGCUUUCCGCUCUCUCUCUCUCUCUCUCUCUCUCUCUUUCUCUCAACGUGUUUGCGCGCGAUCUUUUUCUACAUCGAGUCGCUUGCCAACCGAUGGAUUUGCUCGUGUCAAAGUAAGUUCGUAUUGUCACAAAUCGAUGUGCUCAGUCUUAGUGAUUUUCCCUAUCUUCCUUACUCCUUUCGAAAGUUCGGUUCGUAUCUCCCUCCCCUCGUUUUUUAACCCUCGUCUUGCUUAAGUGUGUGCGUUCACUCGAUACGAGAACUUGCUGUCAUAUGAGAAAUGAUGAUAAAACCGUAUGUUGUUCUGUAUAAAUUUUGUACUAUAGUUUGUAUUAAAUAAAUACAUUGUUUAUUGCUUGA